AUGCCUUCCGGAAACAACUAUGUCGACAUUGGGGAAUGGAUGCUGCAAGACCGCAGUCUUCUCAACUCGCCGAAACGUAAAGAGAUGUCUAGCGUUUUCGCUUCCAGGUCCGAACAGCCUCACGAUUUAGUUGUGGUUUACAACAACAGGGAAAAGAAUUGGAGUGUGCAGCAUUAUGGUCAACUGCAGCAUGAAGAGUUUUCCGCUGCGACAUGUAUUCCAGCAGAGGGCUCCGGGCAAAUAGUUUUUCUUCGAGGCUUCCUAUCGCCAUUGUGGGUGUCGAUCAUAGGGAGCAAAUACAAUAUUGAUCCAGAAUUCUUCAGGCGCCAUAUGGAUUUUCUUUCCGCCAGCAUCGACAGACAUUCAUAUAGCUCUCCAUCACUUGCCAGUUCCUCAAAUAACAUAUUUCGACUUUGUGUGAGCACUAUUCUCCAUCGCGAUGAUUUCGGUGGACAGGACAUCCAAUCACAGCGGUCAUCCCAAUCCACUGAGCUUGUGGCGUACAAGAAACAGCUUGGGUCUACUAGAGUCUGCUGCGGAGACUCCGUGGUGCGCGAGUACUCCACUGUUUGUUCGCGUUUUUCUGUGAUUGAACAAUGGAUAUCACUCUGUAUCAUGAAAACCGAUACAGGCUGGGCUGCCAUUGCCUGGAUGGACCAAGGUAGGCCCCUAGAAAAAUCUCCCCCAGGGCCAUGGACAGGUCACAUCGAGUCCAAGGCUACAUCACUGCCUGUCCUCCAGCAUCAUCCCAAGAUGGCAUUUCGGAAGACCACCAACCGCCUAGAUCCAGAUGCCAAUGCUUCCGCACAAGUUCAGCAAAGCACUUUCGUUCUUCCCUUACAAUACGAUUCAUUGAUUGCGCUCGUCAACUUGACACGUCGCGCGUCUCAAGAUCCACUCUCAAUGUGCAUUCCAUUGUUUGCGCAUGCGGCCUUCUCUGAAGUUCAGUUUUUAAAUCUUAUGGAGUCCAAAAUUCAAACCAAGAUAGACACCAUAGUCCAAGAAGCACCAGCUGAUGCGUUGGGAACACUUCAAUACUUUUCCAAUAUUCUCGACCGGCACACCCAGCAGCUGAAAGAUAGUAUGCGUGCGCUCUGCAGGUUAGCUGAGCGAGGCGGUCAAGGUAUGAAUGGGGUUAAGGUAGAAAGCCAAAUCCCCAAAAGUGCUGUGCAGCUGGGCCUACACCGGCAGGUCUCAGAGACCGAGAUGAUCAGAAACAUUGGAUCCUAUGGCUCCGACAGUGCCUUUACACCGGAAAGUAUCGUGGACGACUACGAACAACUCCAUGUUCGUUGCAUCGACUUAUCAAAAAUGUGCACUCGUGGAAUAACUCUGGCAAUGAACAAAGCUACGAUAGAGGAAUCUCGUAAAGCCAUUGAGCAGUCUGAACGACUGAAGAAGCUAACACUUCUUGCAACGCUCUUUAUUCCUCUGAACUUUAGCUCCAGCCUGUUUGGUAUGAACGUGGAUCUCCUUGGCCAGAAUGCGGUGGAAUUCUGGUGGUUUUUUGUUUUGUGUGUCCCAAUCACUUUAUUUGCAUACAUCUUCUAUCUUUGGGAUUUUGAGGUUUUAAGGCGUUGUUGGGUAAUGUGUUGGAAACGUUGUCGUGUUUUUGGCCGUGAUAUGACGGUUGGGAGGAGCGAGAAAGAUUCAACUCAUAUCGUCUGA